AUGGCAGAAGAAACCGUGACUCCUGAACCGGAAAUUGUAAAAAUUUCUGUUUUCACUCCAUUGAUUUAUGUGGGUGUGGUAUUGUCGAUAUUCAUCACAUUUUCGAUCAUAUACAGAAAGAGACGAUUACAAUCAUUGACCAAAGUGGAACCACUUUUCAAGGAGAAUUACACUGCUGUUUUGUACCAACACUUAAAGGAUCAAUAUACUAAUAAAGAUUUGCCUAAAGAUCAGAGACCUCAUGAAAAAGUAAUGAAGGCAGCAUUGUUGAGACGUGCAGUUGAGGCCAUUAGAAGGUCGAUGAAGUUGAAAGAAAAUGAACCGGUGUUUAAUAAAUUGUAUCAAAAUGGAUUAAUUGGUGAUGACAUUUUCAAACAAUAUCAAAUCCAAAUAAAAUUCCAGGAGUUGGAAUUGAAAGAUAUUGUUACUGAAUGUGAAACUUAUAAAAAAGGCUGGGUUCAAACAUUUUUCCCAUUGGCACAGGAAAUAUGUUUCAAUGAAGCAUUGAGAAGAAGAUUGAAAGCACUGGAUGAUAGAGCAGAAACAUUUAGUAAAUUAUGGGAAACAUACGCUGAUAAGUCUGAAAAAUCUUUAGAAUCAGCAAAGAAAGUUGAAUCAAAGAAAACUGUGGAGGCAGUGAAAGCCGAAGAGACAAAGGAUAAGGUAGCAGAAAUUAGUGAAAAGGUUGAAGAUGUCAAGGAAGAAAAAGAACAAGAACAAGAAGCUGACGAAAAGCACCAAGGCGGCGAUAAUGAUUCUUCAAAAUCAAAGAAAAAGAAAAAGAAUAACAAGGCAAAGAAAAACUAG